AUGGCUCCUGCCCAGACCAAAGAGGUCUCCUGCCCUGACCUCUAUACCACCGUGGAUCCUUCCAGAAACAGGCAGUUGGGAGGCUUUGCGGGAACAGGAGAGUUGAUGGCUCGGGUUCCAUUGGCAGUUGGGCCUGAAAAUCACGACGUUCUGGUGAGGACAAGAAGGUUCCAGAAGAGCCCUCGCUGCCCUGCCUUCCUUGGUGGUGUCUUGGAAGGAGCUCCAUCUAGGAACCAGCACCCCUUGUCAGUCCAGAAGGCCAAGUGGCAAGCUUGGAGGUACCUUCUUGCAGAGCUGGCUGAUUGCAACUCCUCGUCCGGGGCUUCGCCCCCCUCUCAGCUAAGCACUACCACCCUGGAGGACCUGGGGCUCCUCCUGGAGGAAGGGCUGGAGCUCCUGAGUCUGAAGGAGAUCUCAGAGAGGUAUGAGCCCAGCUGCCUGGAGUCCACCACUUCCAUCCCAGAGCAGGACACCCCCAAGCGCUGGAAGCACCUGGAGCAAUGGGUGGCCGACCUGCAGGCCGAGGUGGUGUCCCUGCGGAGACACAAGGACUACUAUGAGCGUGCCACGUUGAGCCUGCUGCAAGAGCUGCGCCAGGUGCAGGUCAUCGUGCAGCUGCAAGACUCGGAGCUGAAGAAGCUGAAGCAGGAGUUACACCAGGCAGUAUGGGGCCCUGAGAAGGAGGCCCUGGAGUUCCCCAGCCCCCAGAACCAGAACAAGAUGCAGGUCCUGGACAAGAGGUUGGUGGAGGUCCGGGAGGCUCUGACCCAGAUCAGGAGGAAGCAGGAACUCCAGGACUCUGAGCGGAAGGGCACCAAGCAGGAGGCCAACCUCAGGUUAACCAAAUUGGCCAGGAAGCUGGAUCAGGAGGAGCAGAACCGGGAGGUGGCCUGCAGUGCCCUGCAGAAGAGCCAGGAGGAGGCCAGCCAAAGGGUGGACCAGGAGGUGGCCAGGCUGCAGGCCCAGGUGACCAAGCUGGGGGAGGAGAUGAGCCUCCGCUUCCUCAAGAGGGAGGCCAAGCUGUGCGGCUUCCUGCAGAAGAGCUUCCUGGGCCUGGAGAAGAGGAUGAAGGCCUCGGAGAACACACGGCUGAAGGUGGAGAGCAGCCUGCGGGGGGAGCUGGAAGGCAGGUGGCGGGAGCUCCAGCAGCUGGCCGAGGAGCGCCUUCGAGCCCUGCGAGGGCAGUGCAAGCAGGAGGAGUGCUACCUCCUGGAGCAGUGCCGGGGCCUGGACAGGGCCGUGGUCCAGCUGACCAGGUUUGUGCGCCAGAACCAGAUGUCGCUGAACCGCGUCCUGCUGGCCGAGCAGAAGGGCCGGGACACCAAGGGCCACUUGGAGGAAAACCAGGCUGGGGAGCUGGCUGCCUACUUUCAGGAGAAAAUGGAAGCCAUGCAGCUGGCCAGCGAGCAAGCGCAGCAGGAGACACAGAGCACCCUGGAGCUGCUCCAAGAGAAGAGGCAGGCCUUGGAGGCAUCCGUGGCUGAGCUGGUCAGACAGGUGGGCGACCUGAAGGACCACUUCCUGGCCCUGAGCUGGAGGCUGGACCUGCAGGAACAGACGCUGACCCAGAAGUUGUGUGAGGCAAAGAAUGAGUGGGAAGAUGCCGAGCGGAGAUCGCUGGAGGGCCUGGCCUGGUGUCACAAGGAGGCCCAGGCUUACCUGCGGGAGGUGCGGGAGACGGUGGACAGCCUGCCGCGGCAGAUAGAAGCUGUCUCUGACAGGUGCGUCCUGCACAAGAGUGACUCCGACCUCAAGAUCUCCGCGGAGGGCAAGGCCAGAGAGGUCGAGGUUGAGGCCGUGCGGCAGAAGCUGGCUGCUCUGCUGUCCUCCGUGCAGCUGCUCAGGGAGGGCAACUCGGGGCGGAAGAUCGCCGAGAUCCAGGGCAAGCUGGCCGCGAACCAAAUAAUGAAAUUGGAAAACAGCAUCCAGGACAACAAGACCAUCCAGAACCUCAAGUUUAAUUCGCAAAGCAAGUCGCGCAAGGAGGAGAUGGCCACACGGAAGGAGUGCCUGGGGGGGCCGAGGAGCGAGGAGGGCCCGCGGGCCCUGCCGCUGGACAGCAGGAAGGGGCUCAAGUCCCUGGUGAGAUGGCAGUUCAUCAAGAACAUGGCCUCCGGCGAGGUGGUCCCCGUGAACCGCUGGGGCGUGUAUCAGGCCGUGAGGUGGCUGCAGUGGAAGGCGGUCCUCAUGAACCAGGUCGCCAGGCGGAGGCCGCGGACAGUCUUGAAGUGGUCCCUUGGCCAGGAGCCUGCCCACCAGCGCCCCGACCUGCCCCUUUCCCAGAAAUAA